AUGAGGGCAUCAGUUGUACUUCGCUUCCUGGCCCUCAUCUUCACCCUGGUCACCACGUGUAUGUUUAUUCGUUCCUAUACCAACUUCAAAACGAAAACCAUCCGUCUGCCACGAUGGCUGGCUGUACUUCCUCCAAGACAGAUCUGAGUCAUGAAGUUCAAGUGUGGCCUCAGCAAGCCCUGCCCAGACAACUACUUUGCAUUUAAAAUCUGCAGUGGGGCUGCCAAUGUCGUGGGCCCUUCUGUGUGUUUUGAAAAUCACAUGAUCAUGAGCUCUGUGAAAAACAAUGUGGGCAGAGGCCUGAACAUUGCCCUGGUCAAUGGAUCUACAGGAACGUUGUUGAAACACAGCUUCUUCGACAUGUACUCUGGAGACGCUAACCAACUGGUGCAAUUCCUUAAGGAAAUUCCAGAGGACACGCUGGUGCUGGUGGCCUCUUAUGAUGAUCCAGGGUCCAAAAUGAAUGAUGAGAUCAGGAAGCUCUUUUCUGACUUGGGGAGUUCCUAUGCCAAGCAACUUGGAUUCCGAGACAGCUGGGUCUUCAUAGGAGCCAAAAAUCUCAAGAGUAAAAGCCCCUUUGAGCAGUUCUUAAAGAACAACCCAGAAACAAACAAAUAUGAGGGAUGGCCGGAGCUGUUACAGCUGGAGGGCUGUGUGCCCCAGAAGGUAUUUUAG